CUCUCUCCCCACGUCUUCAAACGCUGCACACAAUCCAACCAAGGGACACGGAAGCUAAAAUAUGAAGUUACAGUUACUGUAUGUUUACAGCGCUCUGUGAGCUGUUUUUGUUUGUUUUUAUUCAGGCUUGACUCCAGUGGAGUCGCUUUUGUGCGGAGAAGGUGAUCGGUGCGCCAAGUUUCCAUGUGGAGACGGGAAAAAGUAUAGUAGUAUACUACUCUCUAGUCAUUUUGUUUUCUUUUUCUUUUUUUUAUUCUCUUUUCUUUCUUAUUUUAUUUUAUUUUUUUUUAUUAUUUUUAUUUUUUUCGUCGUUGACUGUGAAGACGGAUUUGCGCUGAGAAUUUCUGAACUUUUUUGGGGAGGUGGUUUGCAGAUACCAGAAUGCUGCCGCAGCUGCUCAGCCUGGCCUGCGGUCUCUGCUGCUUUUACUUCAACUCCGUCACUGCAAAUGUACUGCAAGCUGAGGCGUGGCUGCAGCAGUAUGGUUACCUGCCUCCAGGUGAUGUUCGAGCCCAGGCCAUCCGCUCACCUAAGUCCAUCGAAACAGCAAUAGAGGCCAUGCAGAGAUUUUAUGGACUGACUGUCACCGGUUCGAUUGAUACGAACACUUUAGAAGCAAUGAGACGGCCGCGAUGUGGUGUUGCUGACAAGUUUGGCCCAGAGCUGAAAACCAACCUGAGGAGGAAGAGAUAUGCCAUACAGGGUCUGAAGUGGGAAAAAUCUGAGGUGACCUUCAGCAUAGAGAACUACACCCCUAAGGUGGGUGAAAGAGCCACAUUCGAUGCCAUCCGAAAGGCCUUCAAGGUGUGGGAGAGCGUUAUCCCUCUCACCUUCCGAGAAAUCCCCUUUAGCCAAAUCAAAGGCAAAGUUGACAAGUAUGCAGACAUCAUGCUGUCCUUUUCACAAGGCUUCCAUGGUGACAGCACACCAUUUGACGGCGAGGGUGGGUUUCUGGCCCAUGCUUAUUUUCCCGGUAGUGGUAUUGGAGGAGACACCCACUUUGACCUUGAUGAACCAUGGACAACUGGAAACGAAGAUCAGGGAGGUAAUGAUGUUUUCCUGGUAGCAGUCCAUGAGUUAGGUCAUGCACUGGGUCUGGAGCACUCCAAUAACCCUUCAGCCAUCAUGGCCCCAUUCUACCAAUGGUUCGACACCGAAAACUUCCAGCUUCCUGAUGAUGACCGCAGAGGCAUCCAGGCUAUUUAUGGCGAAAAGUCCGGAGCACCCCCUCCUCCUCCUCCUGCUCCUCCUCGUCCCAAACCGGACAAUGGUCCAGAUAUAUGUGAGGGACACUUUGACACCAUUGCCACCCUCAGAGGAGAAAAGUUUGUCUUUAAGGACAAGUGGUUUUGGCGUGUGCGUAACAACAAGGUGUUGCCUGGCUACCCAAUGCCCAUCGGUCACUUCUGGAAAGGCCUGCCUUCAAACCUCAAUGCAGCCUAUGAAAGAGAUGAUGGGAAGUUUGUCUUCUUCAAGGGUGACAGGUACUGGAUUUUUAGUGAGUCCUCCAUGGACAAAGAUUCUCCUAGAACCCUGAGAGACCUGGGCACCAGUCUACCCACAGAUAAGAUCGAUGCUGCUCUCUUCUACACUCCAACGGGACAAACAUUCUUCUUCAGAGGAGCUGAAUAUUACCGUUUCAACGAGCAAACUCGCAGAGUGGACAGUGAUUAUCCGAAGCCCAUCAGCACCUGGAAUGGAGUUCCAGAUAACAUCAAGGCUGCCAUCAUGAGUGAAGAUAGCUCUUACACUUAUUUCUAUAAAGCCAAUAAGUACUGGAAGUUCAACAACCAGUACAUGAAGGUGGAGUCUGGCUACCCAAAGUCUGUGCUCCGUGACUGGAUGGGCUGUGAUAGCGAGGAGCCAAAGAAGGGUCGGAAAGAGGUGAUCAUUAUCCACGAAUCAGAGGGCGGCUCUGGGGCAGUGGCCGUGGUAAUUCCUCUCCUCCUCCUGGUGCUCGUGGUGACCACUCUGGGAGUGCUUUUGUUCUUUAGGAAGUACGGCACGCCUCGACGUCUCCUUUACUGUCAGAGAUCGCUGCUGGACAAGGUGUAGACAGACCAACUGGUGACUGACAGACUGCCACAGAGGGACAGACAGAAAAGGGGAGAGUUUGAAGGAACAAGGGCCAGAUGAAGAUUGAAACUAAGAGCUGUGGAAGAAGAGAAAAGAAGAACUGCAGGGAAGACCAAAGAAAUGUGGGAUAGAAUGGGGGGUGAAAUGUUGAGUGGUUUGUAAGUGCCUUGAAAGGAAAAAAAAAAACAGAAAGGCCUUUGAAAAUGAAAUCAGGAAAAUUAUAUUUGUAUGUUAACUAUUUACAUGUACUGUUUGAGUUCAGAAAUUAAGAACAUAUCCACAGUAAAGAAGGGAAAUAUACGAAGACCCAUCAUCCUCCCACGUCUCCCCUCUCACGUCCCGGGUAUUAAAAUCAUCCUCUCCUCUAACUGGACGACUCCAGCUGAACUGCUGUCUGAUUCACUUUUCAUCUGAAAUACAACUUUCUCUUUUAUUUUUACUCAAAUGGUCUCUUUUAAUAUUUUUUUUCCUCUGAAUUACCAUCAUUGGGAUUUUUUUUUAGAGUUGGAAAUUCUUUGGUUUAACACAUUUCCUCUUAAAUCCAUUAUGCCAAGUUGUUGACUCAUCUCUACCACUAAAAGGUGUGUAUAGGAAUAAGUUUUUAUUCACUAAAUACAGUUAGAUUAAGUUUUAUAUUUUCAGUGUUAGACCUAAAAACACAACAAAGCUUUCCUGUUGACAGUUACCUUUUGAAUUUUGUAUGAAAAUAAUUAUAUUUCUUUAAAAGAAAGGAAAAAAAAACUUAAGUAUUGAAAUAAGUAUUGCUUUGGCAUUGGGGCUUUAAGAAGAUUCCCUCGUAUGAAAGUUAAAGAUGUUCAGUUAUUGCUUUUGAUGACCUGUAAACUGAUUUAAUGAAGCUGUGUCUUACAGCACAUCCACUAGGUGCAGCGUUAGUACUACUUCUGUCUGUCCGUCAGGCUUCACAUGAGGACGCUGGAGGCAAUUUCCUGCUGAUUGUCUUGCCAACUACAAUUUGAUCAAAACAUCUAUAAAAACAACAAAGAUGCCCCUUCAGGUUCAGGAGUCCUUCAUUAUAUCUGCACAUAUUUUACUUAAUUAAAACUUAAAACACUCAAACUUACAAAAGGGACUCAGUGCAAGCAGUCAGAUGGAAAAUAAUUUUUUAUAUGUGGUUUUUUUUUAACUCACAAACUUUAAUGUUUUCAAAGACUCCAUUUCAUUAUUCUUAAACAUGAGUAGAGCUAAUUGUCCGACUGUGUUAAUACAAUAUAAAACAAUAUGGUGCAAUUUUCAAUUGUUACCCUUUUAGGGAAAAUUGUUAUUAUAAGUAUGAUUAUUGUUAUUAUUGUUGUCUUGGAAAAGUUAUAGUAACUUGUUUUCCUUUAUAUGUUGUCAUUUGGAGUCCUGCUGGACAGAGGCAUAACAUGACAAUGAUGAAAUGAACACGUUUACAUUCAGCGUGUUGUGAUUAGUCUCAGAUUAAUGUGAGUUCAGGGAGUUUCUGCUUCUUGUGAAAUACCCCAAAUCACUUGGAUGUUGGCACAGAAUAACAAGCAUGCUAUUUAUGAAUUUUGACACAGAUGGUGCUCAUUAAUUUUUAUUUUUUACACCAAUUAGAACUGAAGAUAAACUGAUUUAGUCAAUAACAAUGAUAAUGGUAAUGAUAUUUAUAAUGAUGAUCUUAUCAAUAAAAUAGAAUGAGAUUUU